UGCAGGACAACCCGAGCGCUGCAGGACCGGAUCAACGGCAGACGCAGCGUUGUCUGUUUACAUCGGCAUUAACUGGGUAGAUUUCGGUUACCUACUCGGUGAUAGUUCAUUUACAGAGACAGUAUUUCGUAAGCUUAACGAAUACAUCCGAUGGCGACCGAAUGCAACCAAGAAGCGGUUUUACAUUUCAUAAAGGAGAGAGGAGGGCGCGUGAAAACCGUGCAUUUAACGGAUCAUUUUCGUGCGACAAUCCCUAAAGAUCCUGCAUUAAAAGCAGUGGCAAAGGAAGCUUUUAAACGCCAUGUUGACAGUGUAGCUUACGUCACAGAGGAAAAUGGCGAGAAAUACGUUUGCCUUAAAAAGAAAUUUAGGAAAUCAACCGGUUCAAUCGAGAAGAGUGACCGAAAUGGUCCAGCUGAUGAUCGCAAAUCCCGUGGAGAAAAUGUCGCGGAAAGCAGAACCCGCGUGUCCUCAGAGGCCUCUGAAAGCAGAAGUGGAGGAAAAGAAGCGAUGUUACCUGGCUCAGGUGACGCAACUGCUGAAGCGGGAGGUGCACGAACACAGCCGGAUAUUUCUGCCAGGUUUCCAGAGCGACUGAACAGCAGGACCGAACCUGAACUCAUGGGGAAUUCAAGCAGCAGCACGGCGGAGGACAAACCUGCUUCAAGUGUGAAAAUUAAUCAACCACAGGCGGCAGAUAAAGGUCCGAGACCCGAGACUUCAGUGCGAGACUCCGACGGGACCGUGUGCAAUCCGGCAUGCUUACAGAGCAACGAAACACACGCUGGUGAAGUGAAAGACGAAGCCCAGGAAGAGGCUGGGAAAGAAAACAGACCUCAGCGUGUGAGACUUCGGCGGAGCAAUACACUGACAGAAGAAGAUCAGCCGGACUCCGUCUGCGACACUCCGAAAGACAGCCGCAAACAUUUGGUCGAGGCUUUGAUGAACCGUUCACCUCAGGUUCGUCGCAGCGUGUGUCUCUCGGGCAGAUGCACAGAGUGUCCGCGGGGCGACGGCGACUAUGAGGCCGCAGCAGGGACGCUCGAGCCGCUGGAGCACGAGUGGAUGCUGUGCGCGUCUGACGGACACUGGGACAGCCUCCACCGGCUGCUCGCCAGAGAUCCCAGCCUGCUGACCAGGAAAGACUUCGUGACAGGAUUCACCUGCCUGCACUGGGCUGCUAAGCUCGGGAAACACGAACUGAUCGUAAUGCUUGUCAACUUUGCCAAAGCACAUCGAGUCGCUGUGAACGUCAACGCGCGGUCCAGCGCGGGCUACACGCCUCUGCAUCUGGCUGCGACGCACAAUCACCUCGAGGUCGUCAAACUGUUAGUCGGAGCGUUUGACGCCGAUGUGGAGGCGCGGGAUUACAGCGGGAGAAAAGCGUGUCAGUAUCUGAAGAGCGAUAUUGCGCAGAACAUCCUGGACAUCGCGGGCGCUUGCGUGGAGUCAGACGCAGACCGCGUGGAUGCUGGAGACGCGAGUCGCUGGAGAUUGUCGAGAGUUAUUCAGUCCAACUUCAGACCUCUGAAGACUCAGAACAGCAGCGAAGAGGACGGCAGCGGCUUGAUUAAACAGAAGUCUCUCCGCAGGAAAUCUUCCUUUACUAAAAUGAAACCCAGUCUCAAUAAAAUCCGCAUGAGGUCGCAGAUAGUUCACAGCACUUCUCUCCUCGAUAGAUUCGAGAAAGAUUCUACAGAGGAGUCUCCAAACCUCUUAAGACCCAAAUCGAACCUCUUUGGAUGAAGAAAUGCUCUCAAUGCAGUAUCUGCUCUGCUAUUGCACAAUAUGUAUUGUGAUACUGAAUUUUAAAGUAGUCUUCCAAAACUUGAUGAUAUGAUAUUGUUUCUCUUCCUUUAGGUGUUGAGCAGGUAAUAACUGAACACAGCAUACAGUAGGCUGUAUAAAACCUUUCUUUUAAGAGAGACUGUAAUGUCUUAUGAACUCUGAAUAAUAACAACUGACUUUAAAUUUAGUUUAGAAGAAACAGUGUUACAUUUUUGUCCUGUCACUUGUAAAUUACUGGUUUUAUUUUGUUAAAAUAAAUUGUUCGUAAAUAACACCAACCGACAUUAGAAGAGUAGCUGUUACUUACUUAAACUUUCGUACUGUUGAGUGUCCUGAACUAGAGUUCAUGUAAAAUUGUGAACUUAUGUUCCCAUAUAUCCAUUCUAUAUCUUUGUUUUGUAUAUGGGUUAUCUGGAGCUUUCCCAACAGUCAUUUGUGAUAUACAUCGAUCUUCACUACUGUCAGCACUUGCAGACUUUAUUUGGCAGAAUAAUACUGUGAUUAGUGACACCUUUGCCAAAUUCAUUUAAAUAUAAUGAGGGAAACUUUAAUACUGGAAGUACUGCAUUCACAAUCAUUUUAAGAUAUGAUAUUCAAGGGUUGUGGAACAAUGUUUAUGUACUGUUUAAUUAUUUGUGUAAUGUUUCUCUCAUAGCAUGGAGAUUCAAGUUUUUCAUGAUCCUCGUUGAGAUAUUGUGUGAUAUUGUACUAUAAAAACUGUACAUUUCAGAACUCACAAACCAAAAAGAGUAUUUAUUUACAGUAUACUAACCUGCAAAAAAGGACUAAUUCUAUAUUUCCAUUACAUUGUGGCAGCACAUCAUCGCCUGAAUGUCGCGUGUACGGAUGGAGCAGGACAAACACUGUUCCCACAAACGAAAAGCUGCUAUGAAGGGUUAUUCAUAUAUAGGACACGUUCUCUCUCUAUGUUUUAAUUGUUGGUUUAUGUGAACUCAUGGCCAGACGGGGCUUUUCAUG